AUGGCAAUAUGGGCAAUCGAUGGAAAGCAUGUUGGGAUGCAGGCCCCAGCAAGAUUAGGUUCAGCAUUCUUUAAUUAUAAAAAGCAACACAGUAUUGUGCUUAUGGCAGUGUGCAGUGCACUUUAUAAAUUUCUAAUGGUAGAUAUUGGAGAUACAGGAAGACAAAGUGAUGGUAGUGUGUAUGGGAACAGCAAUCUUGGCUAUAGCAUUGAGAAUAAUCUACUUAAUAUUCCAAAAGCAUCAAAACUACCACAGUCAAAUCGUGUGUUGCCUUUUACUUUAAUAGGUGAUGAUGCUUUUGGGCUGAAACCUCACAUGAUGAAACCGUACCCACUUCAAAACUUGGCAAAAGAAAAGCGAGUAUUCAACUAUAGGCUCUCAAGAGCGCGGCGAGUAGUAGAAAAUGUAUUUGGAAUUGCUGCAAGCCGCUUUCGAUUUCUUCGCCGACCCAUCAUAAGUAAAGUCGACAAAGUUGUAUUAAUAACUAAACAGUGGUGGCAUUACACAACUACUUAA